AGUGUUCUCAGUUCAGAGGGCUCUUCAGUUCUAAAACCUGUGAGAAAUCACUGUUUCAAGUGUCACCAAGCACUGAGUUCAAAAGAAAUAAAAAUAUCGCAGCCAAGCGAAAUGCCGAGGGCGAUGUGUUUCCCACAUUACAAAAUAAAAGAGAAACAGAGUUAUCCCUGUCUGCAGCCACUAGAGGGAGCUCACGCUCCUCCUGUGAGGCGAGAGCGCUGUUUCCCAGUGGCGCCGACAUCAUCAAUCCGCGACGUCUGCGCAGACAGUGACAAGGGCUCAUUUGCAACUCGGGCAGACCAAUGGCGCGCAUGCACAGUUCACCCAUGGGUUCAGUCCACAGUUUCUUGGGGCUACAGACUACAAUUCGCUAUAAAACCACCGAAAUUCAACGGUGUGUUGGUUUCUGUGGCCAGUGGGGAUUCAGCUCACGUCUUAAGGGACGAGAUUAUAUCCCUGUUAAACAAAAAAGCGAUCAGAGUGAUCUCAGAGGAGGAGAGUCAGCGGGGUUUUUACUCCCGCUAUUUUGUCGUUCCAAAGAGAGAGGGCGCAUCACUCCGCCCUAUCUUGGAUCUCCGUGUGUUAAACAGACAUCUGCGCAAAUACACGUUCAGAAUGUUAACACACAAAGAGCUAUGUCAGUCGAUUCGUCAGCACGAUUGGUUUGUGACAAUCGAUGCUUAUUUUCACAUAGACAUUUAUCCUGCACACAGAAAAUAUCUCAGGUUCGCAUUCGAGGGCAAAGCCUUCGAAUAUCAAACGGUCCCGUUUGGUCUGUCGCUGGCACCACGGGUAUUCAGCAAGUGUGUGGAAGCAGCGCUUGCUCUGUUGAGGAACAAUGGCAUCCGGAUUUUCUCUUAUUUAGACGAUUAUCUCGUUUGUUCCUGCUCGAGGGAACAAGCACUCAGGGAUUCCAAUACGGUGUUAAAUCACCUAAAGAACCUGGGGUUCAAAAUAAAUUGGAACAAGAGUCUUCUAGAGCCCUCACAGCACACAGAUUACUUGGGUCUGACUAUAAACUCCUUCUCCUACCGAGUUCGGCUGUCGGAGAGAAGAGUGACGUCAUUUGAGCAAUGUCUAUCCCGUUUUCGAAUGGGGAAAGUUGUCUCGUUAAGGCUCUGUCUUCGCAUGCUGGGGCUCAUGGCUUCAGCGAUUUCAGUAGUGAAAUGGGGACUUCUCAUGAUGAGAGACUUUCAACGUUGGGUCGCGUCUCUGCGACUGUGCACCCACCGUCACCUUAAUCGCCCUGUCAAAGUGACAGCAGCGUGUAUGACAGCGCUCCGUCAUUGGCGGGACCCCGUUGUAUUGACAACAGGGAUUCCCCUGGGGGGCAUGUCCGCGAGGAUUACCCUAACGACGGAUGCGUCCCUUCUAGGCUGGGGAGCGACUCUAAUGGGCAGAGCUGUAAAUGGGGCGUGGCCCCCCCAGCUGAGUCUAGCCCACAUAAAUUAUCUGGAACUUCUCGCAGUGUUUCUAGCACUAAGACACUUCGAGGAUUUUCUCCGAAGCCAACACGUCUUGGUAAAAACAGACAACUCCACUGUGGUGGCUUAUAUAAAUCGGCAGAGCGGAACACGCUCAAUGAAGUUAUACCGGUUGGCGCGAAAGCUUCUCCUGUGGAGCAGCACCCGUUUUUUAUCGAUCCGAGCGACACAUGUACCGGGGAAACUGAACCGAGGGGCGGAUCUUCUGUCAAGGGGAAACCCUCUGUACGGAGACUGGGGGCUUCACCCGCAGGUGGUGAUGCAGCUGUGGCAGAGAUACGGUCAGGCAGCCGUAGAUCUCUUCGCCUCGCGGGAAAACGCGCAGUGUCCUCUGUAUUUUUCCCUGUGGGACGAAAAUGCACCUCUGGGUGUGGAUGCUUUAGCCCACCCAUGGCCAAACAUUCUUCUUUAUGCGUUUCCCCCCUUAAGUCUGAUUUCUCCCACUCUAACCAGGGUGAGAGAGCAGCGUCUGUCUCUUAUACUAAUAGCCCCGCAUUGGCCAUUGAAGCACUGGUUGGCGGAGAUCGUCCAGAUGCUGGCGGGUCAGCCCUGGCCACUCCCUUUGAGGAGGAACCUUUUGUCGCAAGCGAACAGGGAAAUAUAUCAUCCCCACCCAGACAAGUUGGCUCUUUGGGCCUGGCCCGUGAGAGGUGGAAUUUAA